GUCAGAAGAAGUCAUCAACAACAGCGGAGUCAACAGCCGGGACCAGGAGAGUCCAGCCCGAGGGUCAGAGGAGACCAUGGCCCAGGCGAACAUCUCCGUGACGGAGAGCCAGUUCAGGUGUCCCGUCUGCCUGGACAUCCUGAAGGACCCGGUGUCCACCCCCUGCGGACACACCUACUGCAUGUUGUGCAUCAACAACUACUGGGACCAGGCGGACUCAGCCCACUUCAGCUGCCCCCAGUGCCGCGAGACGUUCAGCCCGCGGCCGGUGCUGCGGAGGAACACGGUGCUCGCGGAGGUCGUCGGCAAGCUCAAGCUGAGCGACGCGCUCACGGCGCCGGAGCUCUACCUCGGGGGAGUCGGGGAGGUGCCGUGCGACUUCUGCCCGCCGGAGAGCGAGCUGCGGGCGGUCAAGUCGUGUCUGGUUUGCCUGGCGUCCUUCUGCGAGCUCCACGUCCUGCCGCACCGGGAGGUCGGCACGCUGCGGCGGCACAAGCUGGUGGCCGCGGUGGAGUCCCUGGCGGAGCGGCUGUGCGCGCAGCACCGCCUGGGUCUGGAGCCCGCGGGUGGGGUCGGCUCCGAGGCCGAGGCGGAGUGGAGCGGGGACUGCCUGCUGUGCGAGGCGGACCAGGAGGAGGUGCACAACGUGGACGCGCAGAGAGCCAGGAGACAGCUUCAGCUCCAGGAGUCUCAGAGGAGGGUUCAAGGGAGGACGCGGAGCGGAGUGAGAGAGCUGGAGGAGUUUCAACAAAGCCUGGAGUCCCUGAAGGUGUCGGCGUCGACUGUCUUGGAGGACAGUGAAGCUCUGUUUGCAGACAUGGCUCUCCGUCUGGAGAAAACCAAGGCAGAGGUUCGAGCGCGGCUGGAGGCGAAGGAGCGAGCGGUGGUCGGGAGGGCCGAACGAGACAUAGAGGUGCUGGAGAAAGACCUGGAGGAGCUGAGGAGGAGGGACGAGGAGAUCAGCCGGCUCCUGCAAACGGAGGACAACGCCCAUUUCUUACAGGCGGCUCCUCUGCUAUGCGUCCCUCUCACCGCCGGUCGGCACUCCCGAGCCCUCAGCCUGCCCACGGAGGGGUUCGGCGGCGCCAGGAGAGCCCUGUGCCACCUCCGCAGCCGCAUGGAGGAGGUCUGCAGGGAGGAGGUGGACAAGAUCAGCCGCGCAGUCAAUGAAAACUACGUGUCCGGUGGAGAGUGUGCAAAAGGUGGCAGUAAUGUCAGUGCGGAGAACUCCAAACCGCCCCAAAUACAACCAAGACUAUCAGCAGGGCAGCAAGUCACAUGGGCAGUGCCCGUGUCGUUCCCUCUGUCCUCGUUGUCUCUGCAGCCGGCUGAUCAGAGGAUGAGAGCGGCUUUCCUCAGGUGUUCAUGUCGUCUCUCCUUGGACCCUGAUACGGCCCACCCCACUCUGGUUCUCCUGGAGGGGCCCCAGGGUGCCCACUGUGGCGAGGAGCCCCAAUCCUACCCCCCAGUCCAACAGCGCUUCGAUUCGGUGGCCCAGGUCCUGUGCAGGGAGGGCCAGUUCGGCGGCGCCAGCUACUGGGAGGUGGAGUGGAGGGGCGGCGGCUGGGUCGACAUCGGCGUCACCUACAGAGGCAUCGGACGCAAAGGCGGCGGGAAACCCUGCCUGCUGGGGCGCAACGACAACUCCUGGCGGCUAAGGUGCACGCACGCGGGAUACGCCGCCUGGCACGACAACCGCAAGACCACGGUGGCCGCGCCGCCUUGCCCCAGAAUCGCCGUGUUCCUGGAGCGCCAGAAAGGAGCGCUGUCCUUCUACAGCGUGUCGGACAGCGUGGUGCUCCUGCACACCUUCCGCUGCCCGUUCUCUCAGCCGCUGUACCCGGCCUUCCGCCUGGACCUGGACUCCACGCUGCUCAUCUGCCCCCAUGAAGGAGGCAAUGGGAACCCGACUUGACCUCACCCAGGACCCCUUUACUGUACCUACUGCAGGAAAAGGGCUGUUUUAAUAUAAACACGGAAAACAAUACUACCGAAGAGGUUUCUGGUGAAGAAGCAACGACAUCAGGAUGAAGCAUCACAAUAAGGAAUCAAACCGUCUUUUUGCAUAAUCUCUCCUUUUUAGGGUUUUAAAUAUUUCCUUUCAGUUGUAAAACACUUUUUUUUUUUUUUUUUUUUAGAAUUUUUAGAAAUAGAGUCGUUUGAAUUUUCACAAAAUGCUUUUCUUUGUGACUUCAGUGGUAGGAAAAGCACAAGUGUUACUCAUGGAGUUGCUUGUUAUAAUGCGGCUCAGCGGUGCACUAAAGUGUGUUCCUGAAAACGUUUAAAAUUAGAAAUAGGCAACGCAGUAACAGAAUAUUGAUUCGUAUUUGAUCAGCGCUGCUUAAUUUGCAUAAAGUCAAGUCACGAUUCUGCAAAUUCAGAUUCAGCGAAUGGUCAGUCACCUCGCCGAGGCCGUACCUCAUGUCUAAACGUAAUUUUCCGCUAUUAUUUAUUUUAUUAUUUACACUUGUGCUUUUCUUACUGUGACAUGUCAAAGUGUUGAUGGGGGGGUUAGGAGGCCUGUUACACACAGAUGGAUAGAAACAUCAAAAAACACGCUUUUUUUUUUAUGGUUUAAAAUCCGAAAAAUACAAAAUAUUCUAUUUGCCAAUCAACAAGUAUGUGGGGGAUCUGAAUCAACGAUACAAAGACACUGAAAGGUAUUCAGCCCUUGUUUUAUUUUUUGUACAAAGUUUCUUUUUGUACAUUGAACAAUUUUUUUUAUUGAGCUCCCUAAACUGAAUAUUUAGUACCUGCGACUACUUGAAUAUGGACAGCAGUAGAUUUUAGAUUUCUGUGUGACCAGGGAGACCUCACUCACUCUUUCAUGGUGGAAAUGUUACCUGCAAAAGAUUUAGACCGUUUAAAGGCCAAGUUGUAGCGGAUGUUUGUUUAUCGAGGUCAUUUUUCUUUCCAUGUAGCUGAGUUUUUGUGGUCUUUAGAGUAGAACACCAUGAAUUUAAGGAGACGUUUAAGAUUUGGGAAAUAUGCUGACUUGCUUUCUUGCCGAGAAGACUGAUACGACUUUACUGUCUGCACCGAACGUAACAAACUCCACCUUCCUCGGAUCAUAGAAACGAGAUAUAGCGUGUCAGCCAGAGAGCUUUAGAGGCGCUGGUACCCGGAUUUUGUUACCUUUGGACAGAGCUAGGCCAGUUUUUUCAGUCUUUGUGCUAAGCUAAGCUAACCAGCUGCCGGCGGGCGGUUUAGUCUUUACUGUAAAUUAUAAUUAGUCCGGCUUUGUUGUCCUCACGCCUACCAGUUAUUUAUAUUUCUUUGUAAGUUCAUUGUGUGCACAUACUCGACCAAUGAAGGCGAUUCUGUUUCUUCUCAUCCAACUCUUGGCAAGAACGUGAAGCGUUCUUCCCAAACAGACGUUCACAUCGCAGGUUAAAAUGUCUGUUUUGUGAUUUUUUUAAAAUUGUUUUUCCAAGGACUAUCAUAUCUGUGUCAGUAUGUAAUUAACGAUCACUAACAAUAUAUGAUUACAUAUUUGAAAUGCACAUCGUUGGUUCUCCACUAUGCUAAUGCUGCGUCAGGAAAACCGCACAAUCUGGAGACUUUGCAUGCUUUUCAAAUCCGAUCCCAUUAUUGUCUCAUAUCUAAGCACGUCCAGUCUUAUUAUAACGUCAUAUUAUCCACUCAGUCAAGGUUAGAUUUGAAGGAAUGUGACUUGCUGCAGCUUUAAGACUGUUCGCAUGGAUUAGAGAACGUCAAGACGGGAAAACGUACAUCAGAAGAACUUCAACAUUUAACUGUCUCCUCUUUGAUCGUAGCAUUUUGAAGGAACGAGGAGCCUCUUCCAUCUGAACGGACGCCUUUCUGUAGCCACAGGUUUUGUUUUGAUUAUGGGAUGGUGUUUGCUUUGCCUGAUUGUAGUUUGUGAGUGGCGCUGAUCCCAACGUUUGACGCCUUUAGACCAAAGGUCUAACUAAGGAACAACUAUUUAAAUUCCAGAGACAGAACCACACGGGUGCAUUGAAUCUAAUUAUUAACUUUGUGAAACUGUUUUUCGAGGGAACGUUCAAGGAUCAUUUGUUGUCAUUAUGCAACAUAGGGAGGCACAACUAAAUUCAGUUGUAACACAACAAACACAUGACGAACAAAUCAAAAACAGUUGUAAAUUCCUGUAGUACAUUUAUUAAAUUUGCAUCAUAAGGAAUAAAACAGCAGAAACAAAAACAAUCCUCUGGUCUGAUAAUGUGGUCAAUAUCUUCACACUAAAAACUCAACAUGGAAAACAUUUCUGAAUUUUCCAGCCUGAUCUAAUCUGGCAGGUCCAUCUAAAGUAAGAACAAACCAUGAAGUGCUUUAUUCCACAACCUGUAGCGCUUUAACAUGAACUGCUGCUCUGUAAAGCUUUCUCUUGUAGCAUUUUCUUCAUCUGUGCUUCAGUUCCUUAAAGUGAGUGUAAAGUAUGUUGUAAUUGUCUGAGUGUUGUCUUUUCCAAGAUGCGUUCGCUCCAUCUUGGCUCGCAAUAAACCGAUCCAAGGGG